GCAGUGAAAUGAGCUGAGCACUUGAAACUAGCAAGGGGAAACCGAAUUAACCCAGGAAUAAAGGACAGAAUCCACCUUUAUUCUCAGAAAAGGCUGGAGAUGGAACUCUACUUUUAUGAAUUGCUUUUUCCAAAUGCUUUCUCAUUGGCCGGCCCUUUAUUUGACCUCUCAAUGCCUCUGCAGGCAGCUUGUCUUAAUCUUGAUGCAGCCAGUCCAGUCUCUAACCUGGGGGCUGAGUGAUUUCCCUCUUCCGAGUAAUGGCGCUCCUCAUCUCCGUAUUCCGGCUGCUUGUCUCCAUCCUGGCAUUCCCCAUCUACCUGCUCAACUUUAUUGGCUUGUGGAGUGGGAUAUGCAAAAGAUGUUUCCCCUGCUUCAUGAAGUACUUCACUGCAAUAUACAAUGAGAAGAUGCUGAGCAAGAAGCAGGAGCUCUUCAGCAACCUGCAGGCAUUCGCAGCUCCUUCUGGGAAGCUUUCCCUGCUGGAGCUGGGCUGUGGCACCGGCGCCAACUUCCAGUUCUAUCCGCCAGGGUCCAAGGUCACCUGUCUGGACCCCAACCCCAACUUUGAGAAGUACUUGAUCACCAGUAUUGCCAAGAACCGACACUUGCAGUUUGAACGCUUUGUGGUAGCUGCUGGGGAGGACAUGCACCAGGUGGCCGACGGCUCCAUGGAUGUGGUGGUCUGCACCCUGGUCCUGUGCUCCGUGCAGAACCAGCAGCAAAUCCUGCAGGAGGUGCGCAGGGUGCUGAGGCCGGGAGAGGCUUUUUAUUUCAUGGAGCACAUAGCAGCUGAGCCUUCAACCUGGACUCACUUCUGGCAGCAGGUCCUGGAUCCAGUCUGGAACCUUGUGUUUGAUGGAUGCAAGCUGACCAGAGAGAGCUGGAAGAGCCUAGAGCAAGCCAACUUCUCCAAGCUGAAGCUGUAGCACCUGCAGGCCCCCCUGGUCUGCGGGCCAGUGUGCCUGCACAUCUCGGGCUAUGCUGUGAAAUAAUGUGGCAGAAGACAGCUCAGGCCACUUGGAGCUCCAGCUUGGCACUUCAGGCGGCCAACUAGUUGGCAGAAAGGAAACCAUUUUUUAAAAUAAUAAUGUAGAUUAUGUUGAAACAAUCCCACAUAUCCAAUGAGAACUCUUUAAGAAAAAUUAAUAUAUUCAUGUAGUAGAAAACUGCACGCCAUUGAAAUUAAAGUACU